GCGGGCACCGGUUAUUGUCCGGGCUCCGGCGGCGGCGGCGGCGGCGGCGGCGGCGGGGGUGGUGGUGGUCUGUGCUCCGGAGCGGCGGCUCUGCGGGAGCGAGGGCGGGAGCGGCCGAGACCAUGGCUGGAGGCAAAGCUGGAAAGGACAGUGGGAAGGCCAAGGCUAAGGCAGUAUCUCGCUCCCAGAGAGCCGGGCUACAGGUGCUGGAGCUGGCAGGUAACGCUUCCAAGGACCUCAAGGUAAAGCGGAUCACUCCGCGCCACUUGCAGCUUGCAAUCCGCGGUGAUGAAGAAUUGGAUUCUCUCAUCAAGGCUACCAUCGCUGGGGGUGGUAUGGAAACCGAGGCUCACAGAAGUUCCUGUUCUCUGGAAGCCAUUUAUCUCGUAGACCGGAGACUGCGGGGCUGGGAUACAUGCUUAGAUUUGGCUGACUCCACAGCCUCCCUCUUACCUGGGAUUAAAGUUAAAUUUAUCAGAGUUUUCUACUUUUACUUAAACUUCCAGCUUUUAGUGGUCUUUUAUUGCUACAGUAACACUCAGCAAUUUGUGCCAUAUUUUUGAAACUAUUUGACUUUGUUAGUUUCUAAGUAACUUGUAAGAUUUAAUUAAUGUACCGAUUAAUGGUCCAUCAGAAAGUUCUAUUUUUCUGCUUGGAAGUCUUCAUUAAAAAAAGAAAAUUUCUAAAUGUUUUAUAAUGUAGCACUAUCAAAACAAAACUCUCAUUUUUAAAAACUUAUUUUUAUUAUGGAAAAUUUCAAAAAUACAGAAAAAUAAAGAGAAUAGUAUAAUGAACCCCGGUGUACUCCUCCGACUUCCAGCAGUUAUCCCGUGGUCAGCUGCGUUUUACCUGGAUGCCCCUCGAUCCCUCCUCCCAGUGGAUUAUUGGUUUGAAUCGUGUUUGAGCAUGAUUUAUUUUCACAUCUGCAUACCUGCUAAGUCUAAUGCUGGGGCAAUUUGGUCCAUAGUCACAAUCUUAUUAACACAGCAUUUGAUAGAUCAGGUCUCCUCAGUAUUCAGAUUUUCCUAUCAGCUGUUUACCGUUGGUUUGUUUGAAUCAAGAUCCAGACAUGUUCUGUAUCUUUUUUUUUUCUUUUAAGUCCUCCCUGCCCAGUGUGGGGCUGAAACUCACAACCCUGAGAUUGAGAGUCGAGCACUCCCGCAACCCCACCAGCGGGCGUCCCAGCAUGUUUUGUAUCUUAUGUUUUGUUGAUGCCUCUUGUCCCUUUUUAAUGUAUAAGCUUCUCUUCCCUGUUUGUUUUUCUUAUUUAAUUUUUGAAGAAACUGUUGUUUUCCCUACAGAUUUUACUAAAUACACCCAAAUGAUAUUUAGAUGUUCUUCUGUCCCCUGAAUUUCCUAUAUGUGGACGGAUCUAGAGGGGUUGGUUUUUGCUGCAUUUUGCUUUGUCACAAAAAUAAUUUAUAGGUGACACUGUGUAGCUCCCGUCGGACCACAUCAGGGGCACCUAAAUGGCUGCAUGAACACAUAUGGGUCAGGUGUGCCAGCCCAGUCCGUGCACCCUGCAGACACCGCUGCUUGUCCCCAGGAGUCCUGGACACUCUAAACCAUCCCUACCCAGUCGCAGGUUUGUAUUGGGGAUCAGAUAGGGGACCCUCUUGUGUUCCUUCUACAUCUGGAAUUCUGUACAUUGCUUUUAUUCUCUUUGAUUUACAAGGCGGGAUAAGAAGAUUUCAAAUUCUAAAAAAAAAAAAAAAAGAAAAUUUCAAAUUCUGAUCGAAUCAUCUCA